AUGACGAGCACGGCCAAUCUGGACAAUGACGCCAUUGUCCAGUCGCAUCUCGCCGACGCCGAGCACCACGGCAUCCAUAACCAUCUCAACAAGGGGUCCGUUGACCUUCAUGUCCGGAAGGCCUCAUUACAGCAUCACCAGGUCAUGCUCGACGACGACGACUACGAGGGCAAGCCUACCGACGAGGAAAUGAAGACGCUUCGUCGCGUGUCCGGAAAGAUGAUGUGGGCCAUGUGGACGAUCGCCUUUGUCGAACUAUGCGAGCGCUUCUCAUACUACGGUUCCGCCGUCUUAUACACAAACUUUGUCAACAAGCCUCUUCCUCCAGGUUCCAACACGGGUGCUCCUCUCGACCACAGUGGCAACCCAGGCGCCUUGGGCAUGGGCACCAAGGCCGCCCAAGGCAUUAGCUUGUUCAACCAGUUCUUCGCCUACAUUAUGCCCCUUGUCGGUGCUUGGAUUGCCGACGCUCGUAUGGGUCGCUUUUGGACUCUUCACCUUGCCAUUGCCAUUUCCACCUGCGCUCACGCCAUAUUGGUUGCUGCCUCGGCUCCGUCCGUCAUUGUACACAACAAAUCGGCCUUUGGGGCCUUCAUCAUCGGCUUGCUGUGCCUCUGCGUCGGUACUGGCUUCUUCAAGGCCAAUGUGUCGCCCCUGCUGGCUGAGCAGAACCGUGAUGUUCGUCCACGCGUCGAAGUUCGCAAGGGCGAGCGCGUUAUUGUCGACCCCGCCAUCACCAACACACGAAUCUUUCUAUACUUUUACUUCUGCAUCAACCUAGGUUCUUUGAUGGGCCAGAUUAGCAUGGUCUAUGUCGAAAAAUACGUCGGCUUUUGGCUCGCUUUCCUCAUCCCCACUGCUCUGUUCCUUGUCGCGCCCCUGGUCCUCUGGUCGCAGAAGAAGAAGUACACGCUCAAGCCUCCUACCGGAUCCGUUCUCUCCAAGUUUCUCAGGAUGUUCUUCUUUGCCCGCAAGCACUCUGGUUGGAAGAACUUCAACUGGGAUGUUGCCAAACCGUCUCACACUCUCCCCGAGCAGCGACCGAGCUGGAUGACGUAUGACGAUGCCUGGGUCGACGAGGUGCGCCGAGGCCUCAUGGCUUGCAAAGUAUUCCUCUUCCUGCCCAUCUUCUUCCUGUCAUACAACCAGAUGACGGCCAACUUGACCACCCAGGCCAGCACCAUGGAGCGGCAUGGGGUCCCCAACGACAUUCUCCAGAACCUCAACCCCAUCUCCAUUGUCAUCAUGAUCCCUCUGGUCGAUCACCUGCUCUACCCCGGCCUGCGCAAGAUUGGCUUCGCAUUCACGCCCAUUAAGCGAAUGACGUUUGGUUUCUUCAUUGCUGCUCUCUCCAUGGUGGCAUCUGCGGUCAUGCAGUACUACAUUUACGAAAAGAGCCCCUGUGGCUGGUACGCGAACAAGGACGACUGCAGCCCUGCGCCCAUCAACGUGUGGGCCCAGAGCUUGCCUUACAUCUUGAUUGGCAUCGCCGAGAUCUUUGCCAACGUUACCUCGCUGGAGUACGCCUACUCCAAGGCCCCCGAGAACAUGAAGUCCCUCGUCAUGAGCGUGAACCUGUUCAUGAGCGCUCUCUCUGCUGCCAUUGGUCAGGCCUUUGUUCCCCUGUCGGGAGAUCCGCUCCUGAUCUGGAACUACACCGUUAUUGCCUGCAUUGCCGUCGUAGGAGGCUCUGUGUUUUGGCUUUGCUUCCGCCACCUCGACUCCGAGGAGGACAAAUGGAACAUGCUCAAAAAGUCGGAGUUUAUUGGCAAGCAGCAGCCCGGCGUCGCCAAGGCCCACGAAGCCGGCGAGGCUGCCUGA